UUUGCUUAGCUUAGCUUACCUUAGCUUAGGGGUUUCGUUUCGAAAUAGGAACGGGAAUGGCCAUGGCUGACUCUGAUCACACCAAAGAAGAAGACGUCAGUGGCUAUGGCCAUGGCUACACGGUGGACGAAGGUCUUUCGGCAGUGGGGUUCGGGAAGUUCCAAACAAGGAUGCUCUGCUACGCAGGCCUCGGCUACUUCGCCGACGCCUCCGAACUGAUGCUCCUCUCAUUCAUAGGUCCAGCUCUCCAAUCCCAAUGGUCCCUUUCAACCUCUCAGCAGACCCUUCUCUCCACCGUCGUCUUCGCCGGAAUGCUCUUCGGAGCCUCCGUCUGGGGUCUCGUUUCAGACCACUUCGGAAGGAGGCCUUCUUUUCUCGGCAUUUCGCUCCUCAUCACUCUCGCUUCCUUCUUCAGCUCCUUCUCUCCCAAUUACACGGCUCUCUUGAUUCUCCGCGCUCUCGUCGGCGUCGGCUUGGGCGGUGGCCCCGUCUUCUCCUGCUGGUUCUUGGAGUUCGUUCCCGUUUCCGAUCGAGGCAAAUGGAUGGUCGUCUUCUGCACUUUCUGGACUUUCGGCACCAUUUUUGAGGCUGCGCUUGCUUGGAUUGUGAUGCCGACGCUGAAUUGGAGAUGGCUUCUUGCCCUAUCUUCCAUACCAUCGUUCGGAUUGGUCCUGUUCUACCCGCUCAUUCCAGAGUCUCCAAGGUACUUGUGUGCCAAUCACAGACUUGCUGAUGCACAGCAUAUAAUGGAGAAUAUAGCUUUGGUCAACCAAGCAAAACUCCCUCCUGGAACCCUGGUCGCCGACUUACCACAACACACAGUCAGUGAGAAUGAAGAUGAAAGUGAAAGUGAAAACAAAGUUGAUUAUUCAAAUUCCAACACCACCCCAUUACUCAAAAACAGACCACAAUCUUCACAACCCUUGUCGUCCUCCUUGUCUCUGAUUUUCUCCCCAAAGUAUAUUCGAACCACAAUCCUGCUCUGGGUCUUGUACUUUGGAAACUCAUUUUCAUACUAUGGCAUUAUAUUGCUGACAUCGGAGCUAAGUGCCGGCCAAACCAAAUGCCACCAUUACUUGGACUGGAAUUCAGAAAGAGAAACCGGUGGUGGUGGUGGUGGUGGUUCUUCUAGUCUGUACGUCGAUGUGUUCAUCACCAGUUUAGCUGAAGUUCCAGGGAUUGUACUGUCAGCCUUCAUUGUAGACAGAGUUGGACGAAAGCUCUCUAUGAUUAUCAUGUUCCUGAUGGCUUGUGUUUUCCUCUUACCACUGGCGUUCAACUUCAACUUCAACUCUACGACUUCAUCAACAACUGGGUUGUUGUUUGGUGCUCGUAUGUGCACCCUAGGGACCUUCACAGUUGCCUGUAUAUAUGCUCCAGAGUUGUACCCAACUCCGAUGAGGGCAACUGGGAGUGGAGUAGCGAGCGCAAUGGGAAGAAUAGGAGGAAUAGUGUGCCCUAUGGUAGCAGUGGGACUCGUGGCUGGCUGCCACCAAACGGCUGCCGUUGUUCUGUUUGAGAUAGUUUUACUUAUCUCUGCUCUCUCUGUCAUACUGUUUCCAUAUGAGACCAAGGGCCAGGAUUUGCAGGACACGCUCUCUGCCUCUAGCCCUAGCUCUACCUCUACUAUUCCCUAGCUCUAUACCCCUAAUAUAGGCUAAUAAUAAGUAUGUAUUAGGAUCAAGGGAGGUUGGUGUUGGUUCACUGUUUAUGAAGAACCUAUCCUAUCCUUUAAAAAACAAAAGAGAGAGAAUCACUAGGCUAGUUAAGGUUAAGAAACAAACAAGCUAUUGGUUUUCCCAUUUUUACCCCUCACGUGGAGUGUUACUAUUUAUUUUGUUGUACAAAAAUUAUAUGUCUUGGCUUGGGAUGCAUAAAUUUCAUAAUUAUUUUUGGGUUU